CGUGUCUCCGCAGUGACGUGGGCGGGCCGCGGGCCGGGUGACGUCAGAGGCUGUGUGUAGCGAUGUGUGUGGGGUUCGGAGCGGCGCCGGCACAGCGAAGGCGGCGGGCGAGCGACGGCGACGGCGACGGCGGGCACAGAUCAAUUAAAAGAAGAAUGAACUGUAAUCCCUGAAGAUAAACUGGGCAGCUUUUUUACUUAGUGUAUGUAUAUUGCUAAUUAUAAAAGUUCAGGUGGAGCCAGGCUCCUGCUGUGUGGAGAUUUAGACAAGUCUUCAGUUUGUCAGCACAGAGCCACAGACCACCAUUUUCAGUGAGGAUACCUGCCUCUUCUUUUUUGGUGUUCUUGGCAAAAACUAAAACCAUUGCAUCAUUGUAACUCGUGUUUGGGUGUAGUUUCAGGAUACAGUCAUGGCAUAAACUUUCCACAUGCUUUGCUUAAAGAACAAAACCAACCAAACUCAACCACUAUACCAAACUUUGGACUUCUUGAACUGAGGAAUUAGCUUUAUUUUAACAUAAAUAGCUGAAGUGCUCAAGAAAACAAGACUUUUCUCAGGGGUGUGCUGACAAUUAUACCCUUUGUUAUUAGAAGCGAAUUGAGAAGUUUUGUAGUAUUUUCAGUUACAUCCUGAGAAACGGCUGAACCGAAACAGAGUUGUACAAUCUAUUGAGCAAGAAAAUUCAUCUUUGGAAACUAAACAUUUCUAAGUGAGUCACAAGUAUUUGUAUACGUUGCCUUUUUCUCUUCAAAUUAGGAACUGAGAACAACAUGCCAAUUGAAGACUUAAUUAUUUAAAAACACCGGUGUGGCCAUGGAAAACCUGCAGUCUAAUUUCUCCUUAGUUCAGGGUUCAAAUAAAAAGCUGAGCGGGAUGGAGGAUGAUGGCAGUCCUCCCGUGAAAAAAAUGAUGACAGACAUUCAUGCCAAUGGGAAAACGCUGACCCAGGUGAAGAAGGAGCAUUUGGACGACUACGGAGAUGCGUCAGUGGAACCAGAUGGCGAGCACGCCAAGCGCAACUGUCCUUCUCUACCUGAAACUUUAAAUUUAAACCCCAGUCUGAAACACACACUGGCACAAUUCCAUUUAAGUAGUCAGAGCUCUUUGGGUGGACCAGCAGCUUUUUCUGCUCGAUAUUCCCAAGAAAGCAUGUCACCGACUGUGUUCCUGCCUCUUCCGUCUCCUCAGGUUCUUCCUGGUCCUCUUCUUAUUCCUUCUGAUAGCUCCACAGAGCUCACUCAGACUGUUUUGGAAGGGGAGUCUAUUUCUUGUUUUCAAGUCGGAGGAGAAAAGAGACUGUGUUUGCCCCAAGUCUUAAAUUCUGUUCUCCGAGAAUUUUCACUCCAGCAAAUAAACACAGUAUGCGAUGAGCUCUACAUCUAUUGUUCAAGGUGUACUUCAGACCAGCUUCAUAUCUUAAAGGUCUUAGGUAUACUUCCAUUCAAUGCCCCCUCCUGUGGGCUGAUCACGUUGACUGACGCACAGAGACUCUGUAAUGCUUUACUGAGGCCACGAACUUUUCCUCAAAAUGGUAGCAUACUUCCUGCUAAAAGCUCUUGGGCCCAGCUGAAGGAGACUGGCAGUGCCUUUGAAGUGGAACAUGAGUGCUUGGGCAAAUGUCAGGGUCUCUUUGCACCUCAGUUUUAUGUUCAGCCCGAUGCUCCCUGUAUCCAGUGUCUGGAGUGCUGUGGAAUGUUUGCUCCUCAGACAUUCGUCAUGCAUUCACACAGAUCCCCUGACAAGAGAACUUGCCAUUGGGGCUUUGAGUCAGCCAAGUGGCACUGUUACCUUCAUGUGAACCAAAAAUACCUAGGGACACCCGAAGAAAAGAAACUGAAGAUAAUUUUAGAGGAAAUGAAGGAGAAGUUUAGCAUGAGAAAUGGAAAGAGAAUCCAAUCAAAGGCAAAUACGCCUUCGGGAAUGGAAUUGCCACCAUGGUAUCCUGUUAUAAAACAGGAAGGUGACCACGGUCCUCAGACCCAUUCAUUUUUACACCCCAGCUACUACUUGUACAUGUGUGACAAAGUGGUUGCACCGAAUGUGUCGCUCGCCUCUGCUGCGUCCCAGUCUAAAGCGGUCACCAAGGCAGAGACAAGUAAGUCCAUCUCCAAACAGUCAGAAAAGCCUCAUGAUAGUAGUAAGCGCCAAAAGACAGUGUCUUACCCAGACGUCUCACUUGAGGAGCAGGAGAAAAUGGAUUUAAAAACCAGUAGAGAAUUAUACAGUUGUUUAGAUUCAUCGGUCUCAAAUAAUUCUACAAGUAAAAAGAAAUGUGAAUCUACCAUUUGCGACUUAGUGAGAGACACAGACAAGCAGGGUUCUGGAGCCUCCUCUCCACUCGUGGUCCGAGAUGUUACUUGUGAAGAUGACAAGGGGAAGAUCGUGGAAGACGUGAUGAGAACCUAUGUGAGACAGCAGGAGAAGCUGAGCUCAAUUCUACAGAAGAAGCAGCAGUUGCAGAUGGAAGUGGAGAUGCUGAGCAGUUCAAAGGCGAUGAAGGAGCUCACUGAAGAGCAGCAGAAUCUACAGAAAGAGCUUGAGUCUUUGCAGAAUGAGCAUGCUCAGAGGAUGGAGGAAUUUUAUAUUGAGCAGAGAGACUUAGAGAAGAAGUUGGAGCAGGUGAUGAAGCAGAAGUGCACCUGUGACUCAAACGUAGAGAAAGACAAAGAGGCUGAAUACGCAGCCCAGCUGGCAGAACUGAGGCAAAGACUAGACCAUGCUGAGGCCGACAGGCAAGAACUGCAAGAUGAACUGAGACAGGAGCGGGAGGCGAGGCAGAAGCUAGAGAUGAUGAUAAAGGAACUGAAGCUGCAGAUCGUGAAGUCGUCCAAGACCGCCAAGGAGUAAGCGGAAGAGGAGACGCGCCUGUGUUUGGUUGGCAGGACUUCAUGUUUGUCACUUGCUUUGAAAAUUGAAUUCUAACAUCUUACUUGCAUGAAGGUAGCUAGGCAUUCUGUUCAUUUAUAGGGCAGCAAAAGUGAAGAUUAUAUAUUAAUACAGAUUUUUUCCAUUUCCAAAUGAAUGAAAAUGUAUGCUCCUUUGUACUUUUUCCAGUUGGCUUGGUAAUAAUAACCUAUGUAGUUUGAACCGUAGGCAGUCUGCCUGUAUUUCUAACAGUUACACUUUCCAAAGCAGCAUCCUGUGGUGGGAAGUACCUGUGUCAGCUUUCUUAUGCAUUGCUUCAGGCUCGACCGACCGUAGAUAUACAGGUAAUGUUUAUGAUACAAAGCUACUCACUCUGGAGCCUUCUCAUUACAGAAUCUCUUGACUUUUAUACACCCAGCCUGUUGUUACUUUGUUCAGGUUGCAGAAUGAGUUUCCUCUGGUUUCCUCCUAGAGGAGUUUUCCUGAUGAAAUGCUAGUAGCACCUCCCCGACAUACAGCGGGUGGGUGGGGCACACUUUGCUGUGCUCUGAUGGUACACACAAGAAGCAGUUGUAAUUUGUCUUUCUGUUUAAGAGUGACCAUAGCUAGAUAUGUGUGUGUGACUUCAGAAAAUUAAAAUGCUUUCCGAACUUUUCCUGUUAAUAGAGGUGUGAAGUACUCAUUCAUGUGCAUGAGGAAAGUGGAUUCCACGGACGCACACCGCUUCCUAUGUAACUCACAAUGCUCUGUACAGUUUUUAUAUGUAGUCUUACAAAGGUCUUAUGAAAUUUAUAUAAUGGAUUUUUUCUUUUAAAUUAUAAAAUACUAAAUAUCUUAAAUAUUGUUUUGGACUUUUGUAUGUUUAAAUGUUAUCUUAAAACUUGCACAAAUGGACCAUGAUGACUCUUUGAUCUUAAAAUCAGGAAUUUACAGUCAGCUAAGAAAAUGUGAUAGGUUAAUAAUCCACAGUGGGAGUAUCUGCUAGGAGCAGGAAUUGUAGAUGACAUGAAUUCCGUGAUUUGAGGAAGGGCAGCCUCUGCACUUUUCUUUGUUUUUGUUUUUUGCACAUGAAGUCUGACAUUUUUACCAUCGAAUUUCACAUUACUAGAUGGUUGGCUUGGGAUUUACUAGGGGAAAUUCUUAGCAACUUUGUACUUUGUUGUUUUUGUUCUGUUUGGUCUCCAGCUUGCAGAGACCCUCUUGCCUCUGUCUCCCAAGUGUUGGGUUGGCAGGAUGAGCCCCACCACCGCUGGCCCUGUGCAGUUCUUUUGGGAUGUCCCUGAAAGCAGCUGUGGCAUUAUCUUCUGUUUCAUGUGUCCCGAGCUGUCUCAUGGUACUACAUGCAGUGACCUGAGAUCUGCGUUAAGGAAUAACUUAGGAGAAACGGCUGUCACUGUCCUCCCCGCUGUGAGACACCAGAGUUAUCACACCUGUUAUGGUCAUACUUUGUGUUAUGAUACUGAUGUCUAAGGCAAUUUUUCUACUUUCCAAAAGGGAGUUUGUUUCCUAAAUAUAUUGUGACCUAAAUGUGGUUUUAUUCUGCUAUGUUCUAUAAUUUAUGUAUUGACUUUUGUAACCUCCUUGGGAGAAACAUGUUAAGUGGCACAGGGACCAUAUAUGUCAUUUUAUUUAGCUCUGGAGAAGGAAACCACAGGCGUUUGUAAAAUAGCAUUAGCUUAGAUGUCAGUUCAUUGUGCUUGGCUGUGUGGGAGGCAGACUCAAGGACUUGCACCAUUUAUUUUUCUGACAGAAGUGUUCUGCUUAUGUGCUGCUUAGUAAGUGUGAUUUUUCUAGUCUUGAUGAAACUUGCCUCGUGACAUUGUUGAGCGUAGUCUUCACUUUCCAGAAGAUGAAAUGAUGUGCCAUCAUUUUCUGUCUAAACUUCCUUUAAAGUAAUUUUUAAUCAGCUGUAAAUAUCAUAUCUCCUACUGUUGAAAGUAACUUUAAUUUACAUUGCACCAUAUAGCUUGAAAACCAACUUUGAAAUUCUGUACUCCUCCACAAGUGACCUCUGCUAAAAUACCCAUAGGAAGCUUACUUUGUGCAUGCUUGCUUUGUGUGCUGGUUGCUGUCUUAAGGUUUGCUUUGGUGUUAGGUCUCGUGUGCUGUGCCAAGUUCACUGGGCAAGCAGAUUUCCCUUCGGAGUCCAUCCUCUGUUUAGGGGGAAAUGAGACCAUUUACUCUGAAAAGCUGUGUUUAGGAGUGGAAGACACAGGCGUUAGCUUUUAUACUGAGUGAAGAGUGAUGCUUGCUCUGGAUGGUUUUUCUCUAUGGUCCACACUGAGGACUUUGUACCACGUGUGUAAAGGUAUUAAGUGUGGAAGCUCCUGCUGCCGUCAAGCAGGCUUUAAACAAACCACAGCUGAGACCCAGCACUGAGAGAUUCUACCAACAACUUAGGCUUGGUUCGGGCUUUACCAUUUUUGAAGUUUAGUCUUUCGCUUAUAUCUCUUGUGUUUUGGAAAUAAGGAUGUUUUAUGCUUCUUGAGCUAAUUUUAUAACAUAUUUAAUAUAUAAGCUGUUUAUAUGUAAAAUCUUUUGUACAGGGGUGGGAAGGAGUAAUGAAAAAACUGAUUUGUACAUAGUGAAUUAUAAAGCAGACCGAAGUCGGUGAAACAGUGAGUAACCUCAUUGUUUGCAGGCUCCCUGCAUCCCUCCAGAGUCCGCCAGAACACUGGUUAGUGUCUGUGUCUGUGGCUCCUGUCUGCAGAAAAGCAAAAUGAAAAGGAAGCACAAGUAAUAAGAAACGUGCCCGAGGUAUUUCCCUAGCAAGAGCUGCACAGCUAGUCCUGAGGGUUUUCAUCCACUUCUGAAAGGUCUGCCCACCAUGCUAUGCUUUGAGUGAGUAGGGAAGGAUGCUUGUUUUCACUUGUCCGUUAUGCAUUUAACCUUUAGGGCAGGACAUUACAAACUGACGACAGAUUGUGUCCAUGCUGUACCCCUGCUCCUGAACUUGGAUCUACUUGUUAAUGGUUUCAUGGAAGCAAUCAGCAAUAUGUGAUAUGAACUGCUGCAUUACUUAUUAUACUCGUGGAACUGAGAUAUUUAAACAGAGCUUAACUUUUUUUUUCUAGUGUAAAAUACUUAAGCGUUUCCACUAUUGGAAGAAAAGCAUAUAUGGGUAUUUUGUAUUGUAACUUGUUUAAAAGGACAGUCUUUUUUAAUCUUCCCACUUAAAUGCUUUUAAAAUAUGUAAUACAAUUUGAAGCUUGUUUAGAAAUAGAAUUAAAUGUCUUAUAUAGUGCUACUGUUUUGGAAUUAGAAAGUGAUCAAAUACAAAACAUUUUAAAAUUAAGCCCAGAAAACAAAAUAGUGUUUAAAGUUAGUUUAGUAUAAAAGAAAUUUAUAAGAUUUUUUCUUCAAUAUAAGAUACCUCACUUGAAAAUAAAGAAAGCACAGCACAUUAAAGUAAUUCUCAUGAGAACACCCCAUUAGAAUAAUUGCUAAAUCUAGGACACCUUUUGAGUUGUGAGUUUGUGAUACAUGUAGUCACCAUUAGCUUUUCUGCUGGAAGGACUUCCCGUAGUAAUUUUAAGGCAGUGUAAUAGUUCAAUUACCCCACAGUUUCUAACCUGGGAAGGCAGUAUGUGAAUGGUCCCUUCUGCAACUACGGAAACACAUUAGCUACAUUGAGCAUAACUCGAUUGAUAAUUUUGCCAGUGCAUAUAGUUUUAUGAUUAAAAUUGCUGUGGUUGGUUGCAUUACACGACACACAAAACUGUCCUCUACCUCACAUGAAAUAAAUAUUUUAUAUGGUUUUACUAAAAAAAAUGACUCAUCUAUCUGGUUACUUAGUUUACAAAUUUUGGAUUAUAUUUAUUGAAACAUGACAUACUGUGCUCUUAGCUUAUACCUCAAUCGUAUUUUGUGCUGUUUGCCAUUUUCAUGCCUUGUAUAUAACUUGUAUAGAUUGGAUGAUAUUCCCAAUAAACACUUUUAAUGCCAAUGAA